AUGUCGGCAACACCCGUCCUCAAAGUGCCUGCAAUGCCGUUGUUGUACCUGGAUUCCUCUCAACCUCAAACCCCUGACUGCAACGCGUGCGUACAAUCCAACAAUCCAAAGCAUCCCAAACCGAUGGAAACUCCUGAAUAUCGAAGGCUUUCGCAUUCAGAAUGGAAGUUCUUUGCGGCUGGAGUUGGGGGAAUUCGCGACAAGGAACAUGAUGCGCCAAUCAGUCCAACGAGUUCGUUCUGGCCUCCAAAGGGCCUCCCCCCAGGCCUGUAUCGUGACACCAUCUAUCGUCGCACAAUCUGUCACUACUCGUUUCACUUUACGGCUUAUGUUCGCUGGAUUCUAUUGAUUCUUCAAUUGAUCCUCGGUGCUGCUUUGACAGCCCUUGGACCCAUGAGUUUAGAAAAAGGCACGCCCAUCACUAUUCUUGGGGCGUCGAAUACUGUCCUUGCGGGGUUACUGGCCCUCUUUACUCACAGCGGUUUACCUGAUCGAUAUCGAUACGACAAAGCCGAGUUUGAGCGAGUCGAAGACCAUAUUCGAGAAAUUCUCGUCACUGGCUUGGUACGCGCUGAAAAGUCUGUCAAUGAAGCUCUCGCCGAAUGCUACGACCGCUACAGACACGCCAAAGCAACUGUCGAGGUGAAUGUGCCCACGGCUUAUAUCCCAAGCCAAAGUGUACCUCCAGGACAGCGGCACCAACCGACACAAGUGAACGAAGCGAAUGACCCCAUAACACCAACAAAGUCGCAUAGGCCUUCGCUGCACAAGGAGCCUAUCACACCAAUUCGAACUCAGUCGCGAAACACUACACCCAAAGAAGAAACGGAAGAGAAGGGUCCAGUAACCAGAAUUGGCGAAUGA